AUGCAACUAGACCUCUCACCCCUCCUUCGACCUUCCCUCUACGCUCCAGUACCGACAACUCAGAUCGCCGCCCCUUUCCUCGAGUCCUUACACCAACCAGCUCCAGAUGUGGAUCUUGAAACUCUUCUAUCGGACCGGCGAUUCAUACAUGCUGCAGACAAGGCAACCGAUGUCCUGACGUCUGGUUCGGUCUCACCGUCAGACACACAAAGAAUACUCGAAUUGCUGUAUACUCGUUUCUCCUGCCUCGCCAUCUGCAAUCAAACCACCCUGGCUGCAAAAGAAGCAAAACCAUUGUCCGAUCUACUGGCCAGGGAAAGCAGUACCUACACACGACCUUAUCGUGAGGUCUUUCUCUCUCAAGUGCCUUGGUCGUUGCGGCUGCUACUUCUCAAGCUUCAAGUUCUGGGCACGGCAGAUUUGCAUAGGAGAGCUAUCAUGGGCUUGUAUGCUCUCUCAUCUGAAUGCCGUACUCUGGCACAAAAAGCAAGGGUCGAGAAGGAUGACGCUGCAUUCAAUGUCUGGAGAGACAGGUUAUCAGAUCUUGGUCUGAGGGUCGCUAGCGAAUUGAUCGAUAUGGGUGAACUGGAAACAGCACGUCGACAUCUCGCCACUCUAUCAUCUCAGCCCACACGUCCAGACGAAGACAACAAAAUGUGCAUUCGAAAGACGCUCCUCUUGCUCAAGAUCGGCGACACACAAGCAGCAAAGAAAUGUCUAGCUUCCUACUCCUCAACACCAUCAAACACAGACCAAAACAUUGAAAUCCAAAAACAUGUCCUGGAAGCGCUUACUCACCUUUCUGCCUCUGAUUUCCCUACUGCAGUCUCUUCACUCCAAUCCCUCGCCGACAAAUACCCUUCAGACCCUCUAAUCACACACAAUCUCGCAAUCGCAUACCUUUAUACCAACAAUGUUGUCCUCGCUUCCGAAACCUUGGAAGCACUGAUCACGGAAGACGAGGUUUUGUUCCCUACUUUGCUGUUCAAUCUGUCCACAGUGUAUGAAUUGAGGACCGAGAGGGCUAGAGAGAGGAAGUUGGAGUUGGUGGACAAAGUGGCGGAGAUUGGGGUUAGUGGAGGGAGGUUGCAGGUUGGUGGGUUUGAGAGGGGGAUGGGAGAGUUCAAGUUGGCUUGA